ACGAGAGCUGGUUGUGUCGGGUUUCGGUGCAGUGGGGAAACGUUAUUAAAAUAUCCACAAACAUUAAGAUAAUUGCCCUGAAUUCUGUGCUUGUGUGCGUUAGUGUUUUUUUCACUCGGCCACUAGCAAGAACGGUUUUUUCCGAACUGAUGACUGUUAUCACUUGUGGUGUGUAGUGUACGUGCGCCGAACGAUUUGACUCGAAAAUGACAUCAGUGACGUGAAUCGGGAGGUGAAAAUCGGGAAAAUUCGAAAAUCCAAAGGAAAAUGCACCCCACGUGCUUCGUAAUUGUUCAUUCGCACUGCACGGGCUAAUUGAUCGGCAAUUAUAUCCCUGUCCCGCUCUCGCUAAUUACCAACAAUAAUAAUUUUGAUUGCGCCUCCUCUAGUUACGAUAUAAUUGAUCCAUUUUCAAAUCAAACGAAUCGAAUGUUUCAAUUGAUCGAAUAAUUCAAUUGGUUGUAUCAAACUGAAAGUUUUUGAGUGCAAAAGACAAGUGUGUAAAACUAAGUGUCGUGACAAUUUGUGUGAAUAUAAUUUGUUGUGGAUAGUGAUAUGCUGUGGUCUCACAUUUGAUUUUCGUUGAACCGCUGACCAAGCGGCGAGAUCCCGGAGUCGACGCAAGCCCUCAAAAUUACCCGUAUUCAAUCCCCCAGUACCAAACCCUCCACGCUGAGUUUCACAGAUCCCUUCGGGCCUCCCCAGUCCUCAGACGGGGGGGGCCCAUCGACCCCUCAGCCCGCCAUGACCUCCCAGGACAUAGACCACCAGCACCACCACUUAGGGGGUUCGCAAACCCCCCACGAUAUAUCCAACUCGGCAAAUUCCACCCCAACGAACGUGUCAUCCAAAUCCGCCUUUAUAGAACUACAGCAGCACGGUUACGGUCCUUUCAAGGGGGGGUAUCAGCAUCCCCACCAUUUUGGCAGUCCUGGGGGGCAGCAGAACCCACACGAGGCGUCGGGGUUCCCAAGCCCGCGGUCGUUAGGGUACCCCUUCCCUCCCAUGCACCAGAAUACCUACGGGUACCAUUUAGGUUCCUACGCCCCGCAGUGUGCCAGUCCGCCUAAAGAUGAAAAAUGCGGGCUCUCCGACGACCCCGGGCUCCGAGUGAACGGCAAGGGCAAGAAGAUGCGGAAGCCCCGCACGAUAUACUCCAGCCUCCAGCUUCAACAGCUCAACAGGCGGUUCCAGAGGACACAGUACCUCGCCCUCCCAGAGAGGGCCGAGUUAGCGGCUAGCUUGGGGCUGACGCAGACUCAGGUAAGUUGA